AUGCAGGCGCAGAAUGUCUUCGCAAUCGCCAAGCACGGGUUCAUAGACCCCGGGUCUCUCGCGAAGCUAGAAGAGUCAAGAAUUAAAGAGGCGACAUACUUUCCAACAAGUCAUCACGCCGCCAGCAGCACAUCUUCAUCGCCUUCAGCCAACUUCACAGGUAUCAGCGAGGUGGUCAAUAACAAACAGAAACGGCAGCGGGCAUAUGAUCUCCAUGACACAGCUCCUCUGCAGACCCCACCAAGCAAGCACCGCAAGUCUCAUACUGUGUCACACCAAAGUGUUCACCAGGCACAUUCUCCUGGCUCAACACACCAUGCCAGUGAGGCUAGAGAAUACAUUGAGCAUGAACUCCAAUGUAACCCGGCUCUAUCCAAGGAUAGACGCACAGCACUUGAAUCAGCGCGGAAGUUUGUCAGCCAGUUGUCCAACCCGACUCUACAUUGGGAGGAGAGUGCAGCUAUGCAAGACAUGGAUGUUCAAGAAAACCUAGAACCUCCUACUCUCACACCGGAAUUGCUCUACAUGAUGCUACCUGGACCCGAUAAGAAAACAACCUCCCAGGGAACAAUCACCUGGCCUGACCACAUCUCUGACAAAGUUGUAGAGCAAAUGGGGCUUGCCAUUAUCGAGGGCACUGAAUGCGAACAAGUCCUCCAGUACUACCGACUCAAUGUCUGGGUAAAGGCCAUGGCUUGUAUAUCCAAAAUGGCACCUCUAAUUACGAGCGAGCCCUUGAGCAAUCAUUUUCGGUCCCUCAAAAAGAGAUAUGAGGCCGCUGCUAUAGAAAUUUUGAAUCAAAUUCCUCUAGCAGCUGCACCUAGCCUCCUUUUGCUUCAAACAGUUCUGUCUGCGACUCGUUUGAUGCAAUAUUUAGGAAACAUGACACGCUGCUGGUUGUUGAUAGCAAUAGCCUCGAGGAUAAUCGUCUCCUUAAACUACCACAACAUCACAGAUCCCAGUCCUGGAAACGACAUAGAGGAGAACAUUCAUGCCUGCAUAGCCGAGUAUUCAGAGUUGAAGAGUGCUGUACUUAAAAUCUUGCUUGAUCCCAAGACAAUAGGAGAUACCGAAAAGGCCAAUAUAUUGUCUGAUCUUGUGACACGUGCACACACAAUUCACUCUAAUAUGCAACAGGUUCGUCGCCGCCAAGAACAGCAAUUCUCACAGUCAUGGGGCCAUCUGCGUCGCGAAUGGCUGUCAAUGGACUUCAACUACUACUCUGUUCUCACAACAAUCAUUCAAGCCCGCUCUUCGGUACUCAAGUCCCGCUUGGUUUGCGAGAACUGUCUAUACACAGCCCGGGAGGCUCUCACCACUCUCCGAGCUUUACAGGAAGCAUUCUCAAGCCGUAACAAUUCUAUCGACGAAUAUCCAUAUUUUCUGACCUGGACAAUGCUGCUAUACCCGCUCGCGCCGUUUUUCGUCCUGUUUUGUAAUGUGAUCGCAACAUCAAACGAAAAAGACUUCAAUAUGAUCAAAAACAUCACCGACGACCUACAUCAAUUUGCAGAGGCGAAUGUCUCGAUUGGCAAACUGUACAAUCUAUUCUCCAAAUUCCUGGACCUGUGUGCACCUCUAGUGAAAAGGAAUCCCGAAUCUUCCGGUUCAGAACAGCCGCCAGCUGUGCUCUCUGAUGUGAACACGGCUGCAAACACUGAGGGUCAAGUUACACCCUACACAGAUAUAUUUAGCCGUGCUACCGAUCAAGCUCCGGUGAGUCUUCGGGAUGCAGAUUCCACUGGAGGAGAUACCACUGCACCGCCGUCUGUUGGGGGAUGGAAUGACAGUCUUGUGUGGGAAUUGUUCGAUAAUCAACCCUCGCUGGGGUGGGCGGAAUCAGAGCUAUGGAACGUGAUAACGCAGUUCGAUACAUGA